CGAAUUAAGCGCAUUGACGGGGAAUAAAGUCAGACGUCAGCUGGAAACACAUAAAGAUCCUCCAGCAAGUGUGAACAACCAAAAAAAAGUGCUAAAAUUACAUUCCAGCUAAUUAUAUAAAAUCAUUUUCGGUGUUAAUACUCGUUUAUUACCAAUGGCUGGCAAAUAUAACACUCAAAUGAUCCUGCUUAGCUGCAGCUUGGCUCUGCUCCUGAGCUUCUCGGAAGCCCUUCCUCGAUACAGUCGCCCCAGGGAUCUGGCCACUGCAGGCAGCUCCCCCAGCCUCGCCUAUGCCCCCAGUCCCCAGGAACCCAUGACCCUCACUGGAAACUACAACCUGAUCAUGCCCGACUACUAUGACAACCAUCCAGCUGAGUCCAUGCAGCUGCAGAACUUCGCCAACUUCCACGAUGCCGAAACGAGUCCCGAUUCCGAUCUGGGAAUGGAGGAGUCCCAGUUCCUGACCUACACUCCUGUGAGGGCACCCCAACCCCUGACUGCCCAGGAGAAGCGUGCCCGCCAGCAGGUUCCCCACGUGGACAUCCACCGGGAGAAGAAGGCCCUGCUCAAGCUGAAGAAGGGCAACACCCAGCCCAGGGGAGCCGAUUACCAGGAAUGGGACCAGUUCGACUACGAUCUCUACAGCCUCAAUCCCGGCAAUAACAAGAAGUACAACUACGAUAUCUAGAUGGUUGGGGGGUAUUCCUCUCUAGUUCGACUGUAUAUGUUUAUGUUUUUGUUUUCUGUUGGUUUAA